AUGAUUUUCCGGGCAGGCCAGAAUGCAAUUUCUGGAAAUUUACUUGCCUACAUAGAGAAUUGCAAGAGUCUUCAAGUUCUUGGCCUUGCACAAAAUUGGAUAGGCGGUAACAUACCGAAAGAGCUUGGCAAGCUUGAGAAAUUAACCGACCUCAUCCUUUGGGACAAUCAGUUCUCGGGAAUUAUACCAAAGGAGAUUGGGAAUUGCACGAGCCUUCAGACUCUUGCAUUGUACCAAAACAAUCUCAUUGGGCACAUUCCUUCCGAGCUGGGUAAACUGAGGUACCUUAGAAAGCUAUAUCUGUAUCGGAAUGGAUUGAAUGAGACCAUACCGAGGGAAAUUGGGAAUCUCAGCCUCGCACUGGAAAUCGAUUUGUCGGAAAACUAUUUAUCAGGAGAAAUCCCAACUGAUUUGUCCAGGAUAAAAGGCCUCUAUCUGCUGCACCUCUUUCAGAACGAGCUUACGGGCCUUAUCCCACCCGAGCUCAGUAGCCUGAGGAAUUUCUCUAUGCUCAUCCUGUCGAUUAACUACCUGAAGGGUCCUAUCCCGUAUGGUUUUCAGCACCUUCCUAUUAUAUAUGAGCUGUGGCUUUUUGAUAAUAAUCUGAGUGGCAUAAUUCCUCAGGGCCUUGGGCUUCGCAGUCGACUUUCUGUGGUUGAUUUUUCGGAAAACCAUCUCAUGGGGGAAAUCUCUCCUCACCUUUGCCGGCAUUCGGGCCUGGUGUCGUAUAAUCUAGCCUCUAAUCAUUUGUACGGGAACAUCCCAUUUGGCAUCGUGAACUGUGGUUGUUUGGUGCAAUUACUACUCGGCAGUAACAUGCUGGCUGGAAAUUUCCCUUUUGACAUAUGCAAAAAUCUAACUGCACUGGAAUUGGCUCAGAACAGGUUCAGUGGGCCCGUACCACGAAAAAUUGGGGACUGCCAGAAACUGCAGAGGCUUGACCUCUCAGGGAUCUUUUUCAUGUCUGAACUGCCUAAGGAGAUCGGGAAUCUGUUCCAGCUCGUGGCUUUCAAUGUCUCUUCGAAUUUUUUCAAAGGCCGGAUACCGCCAGAGAUUGUCAACUGCCGGGCCCUACAGAGGCUAGACCUGAGCGAGAAUAGCUUCACCCAUGCUAUACCGGUGGAGUUGGGGACUCUUCCUGUGCUCGAAAUUCUCAUUUAA